AUGAUCAGCGGUAGUGGAGGAGGCGGGAUAGGCGUGAUAGGCGGGAGCAGUGGUGGCGGCAGCAGCAACAGCAACGGUAACAACAGCAACACCAUCAGCGGCAGUGUGGUGAGCACCACACGCCUCAGUCGUGCCCAGCAACAGCAGCAGCAGCACCAUCAACAGCAGAGCAGCGGUUCUAGCGGCCUAGCCGCCAUAGCCGCAGCUGCCACUGGCGCCCAACCGAUCGCAUCCGGCAGCGGCACACAUCGUACGCGCAUUUUGCGCGGCCAUGCAGCACAAACAACCACCGGUGAACGUGUGCUGCUCAUCAACUAUGUGUCGCCCAGUGCAUCGGCAGCCACAUCGCCCAAUACGCAAACGCAAGCGCACACGGUUAGCAGCGCCACAGCGAAUAGCGGUGGUGUCGCGACCACAACCACCACGCGCAAAAUCCUCCAUGCCAGAGCGGCGGCAGCGACGCAUGCGAAUGUUAGCACCGCCACACCCGUGUCAUUUGCCGGCCUCGGUUCUGAGGUGACGGUAACACUGACGCGCUCUGGUAAAUCGACCGCCGGUCAUAUUGUACGAAAUCAUAGCAUUGCCACAGAAACGGUAGAACAUCAACAACAGCAGCAACAACAUCAUCAUCAUGUGAGCAGUAGUUCGCCGCCGCCGCUUGUCUUCACGACGACGGCGCACAGCGAUUUGCAUCAUCAUCAGCAACAGCAACACCAACAACAUCAACAGCAGCAACACGAAUUAAUUGAACAGCAGCAAACACAUCAACAUCAUCAGCUGCUAACGCAUCGACAAUUGCAACAACACCAGCAGCAACAACAGCAAAAUACAACAACGGUGCUAGAUCCCUUGGACUUGCAGGACCAAGAUGAAUAUCAACAGCAACAACAUCAGCAGAUCGUCAUAGAGCAUCACAGCGGCAAUGGCCAGUCACAGCAGACGCACGAAGAGGAGUUGCUCGAGUAUGACGACGAAGAGGAAGUAGAGGAGCACCACUUGCAACAGCUGCAGGAGGUGCAGGAUCAGCAGGAAUGCGAUGGCGAACAAGUCGAAGAAGUUUAUCUCAACUGA